UUGACCAUGUGCUGUAUGACUGCCACCGGACGGCUGUCUGUAGAAAGUGCAGGAAAACGUGCCACACAGUGACACACACAGCACCACCAUGCAGGCGGCUCGACCCGGACCAGCGGCGGCGGCAGCGGCGAUGAUGUAGAGAUGGAUUAGAAAAUUAUGUGCCUCUUCAUCAACAUGUUUCCGGGAGUUUUCUAUGCACUGCUGGCGGGUUUCCUCGGGGCCGUGGCGUCGUCGUCGGCCAAACUGUCCCUCGGAGCCGACUACCUGAAGGGAGUCUGUGAAACCGGACUCCGGACGUGGGGAGAGCAGCGGAAAUUUAGACAAGCGGACGAAACUACCGCCUGUGACCGGCUCCAUAUCCCUCUGAGGCUGCUGUGUGGUGGGCUGCUUUUCACCUGCAAUGCUGUGAUGUGGACCUUCCUUGCCAAAGCACUCAGGUACUCCUCUUCCUCCACCCGAACCACUGUGACCACCACCGCCUCCAACUUCAUAUCUUCCGCUUUCCUGGGGCAGCUGAUCUUUGGUGAAGCCCAGAUAACGUUGUGGUGGGUUGGGAUCUCCCUGACCUUCUCUGGGCUGUUGGUACUGCAGAGGGUUUCGCCGCAGGAUGGACAUCAUAACACGGUCGCCAAGGACGAAUAAUAUGCGUUGUCUCCACUAGCUCAGUGCAGCCUGGCUCCAGCUGGCUGUGGUACGUGGUGCGAUUUUUGGUCGGCAUCUCUUCUGAUUUUAACAUCUCGUCAAAGAAUAGCAAAAUCUUAAGUGUAUUUGGUCGAUUUUGUUCUUUUAUAAAAGUACAUUUAUUGAAUUAAGACUCUCUUUCUGCACUACAGUGAAAUAACAAGAAUCAUUUCCUGUAACUUUGUGGUCAUGUAGGCUGAGAAACACUGCUGGCUCAGCUGUGGUGCAGCCUUAUUUAGGCCUUUUUGUAAAAUCAGAGGACAUGUUGGCUUUCAGCCAGUCUGAGCGUGGUGCAGCUACAGUCUGGCUAGUGGAGACAAACUAAUGGAUGCCUGCGCCCAGCUUCCCAGAAGCACUAAAAUCAUCUUUAUCCACAGGCUUACAAUGAAGCAAAAAUUAUACUAGCUUUAGUCAACAACAGCACAACAAGUCAUGAGCUAAAAGAACAGAGAGGAAGGGAGGAGAAAAAAUGGGAAAUACAAUCAUUUGCACUCUCAUGGCUGUAAGGUAGAUGCUGAUGCCAUUGGCUAGUUAGCUUAGUUUAGCAUAACGAGUUGAAACUAGUUUGGCUCUGUCUGAAGGUAACAAAAUCUGCCUACAAGCACCUCUAAUUAACUCGUUAUACCUCGUUUGUUUAAUUCUAACCACCAGUGAAACCACAAAUAGGGUUUUUUGUACAGAUUAAACUAACAAGAGGCAGAUUUUAUUACCUUUGGACGAAGCCCGGCUAGUUGUUUCCCCUCCGUUUCCAGUCUUUAUGCUAAGCUAAGCUAACCGUCUCUUGGCUGUAGGUUCAUAUUUAACAGAUAGACAUGAGAGUGGUAUUGAUCUUCUCAUCUAACUCUCAACAAGAAAGGAAAAACAUUAACAAAAGAGACAUUUGAUACAUAUAUAGAAACUGUGUGCAUAUUUACUGAGUGAUUUGAAGUAAUUUUUUAAGGGUUUUGUUCAAUGGACAAAUAGCAUCAUUGGCUACGCGCACGAUCCACCAUUGAUCAUGCCUGUGCAUUAUAUAUCACAGCCGUCAGAUCACCAAAGCUUUCUUAAUUCUCACAUACCUCAUUUCCACCAGUGCAAACCUACGGCUAGUUCUGGGCUGGUGCUAGUCUUGGUUCAGACUUGGUUUAACUUAAGAACCUUUUAAGACCUGGUUUGCUUUUCCAUGGGCACCAUAGAGCCACGUCAUUAGAUUACUUUAUACGUCUCCAACGUUUGCUGUUGUUACCAAGGUUACGCUAGCUGUUGGUCAACUAACAUUACCCAAGAAAUGUUACUAACCUUGAAUGUAACAUUAAAGUUGUUACAUUCACAACUUUAAGAACAAAUUAAUAGCUUGCUAAACAGUUAAUAAAUACAUAGCUGACUGCCACAAGGCGCCCCCAACCCCUGGUGUAAGCAGUUCUUGGUGUUGGUGCCCCACUGGGACCACUCCUGGGCCCCUUUUGGGUGUCGAAAUGCGAAGAACUGGUUCAAGAUUAGGCGCCGGCUCCGAACCAGCACUUAAUCUGCCUUGGUGGAAAAGAGGUAACAUUUCCUUAAGUUACUACAACAUUUACUAUAAACAUCCAACACUGACAUUUUUUGCAUGCUCGAGGCGAUGUUAUAAAUGAAGCACUUAGCUAACAAGGUGUAUUUUCACAUGUAAUAACACUAAUGUAGCACUGAAAGGCUCAUCCCUGGUAAGAAUUUGCUCUCUUCCUGGGUGUUUCUUUUACCUUUUUAUUUGCCUUUCUUGACAGCUUGAACCUUAACCUCAAGAUAUGAGCAUGACACAUGUUUUCAGAGGCAGCUGGUCUUUAAUCAUAAUGAUAGAUGUGUGCAUGUUCCUACCAAGGCCUGAGCUCAAAUAUCUCACAACAGAUAAUCCUGAAGCGUCAGUCCACAUCAGAGCGACGUCCCUGUGAGCUGCAUUAUUUCAUUAAACCCAGAAUCUUGUGACUUACUUAAGUUGCCCAACUGUCUCUCCAGCGAAAGACAUCACACGGCCUCUUGAUUGCCUGUUGUUGAGCUUUAUGCGCCCUCCAUUUGCAAUCUCAUAUUACUCUGUUACAUGCCAUGAUUAUCAGUCCAUCACUCAUAAUCUCUCGGGGGUUUCAUGCACACCUGGCGUAAUUUAAAGCUUCCGCUCUACAUCCCUGGAGUUGUCAGUGAGAGUGCAAUAACAUUAUACUUCCUUUAAACCUCAUAACACUGUGAUGUGUGUAACCGUGAGGGAGCUUUGAGCAUUAAUAACUGAGCAUAGGCAAUGGUAAUAUGCUACCAGAGGGAUGUUUCAUAAAUCAGCUAAAUAGUAUACAGGGAUUUGCCUGAACAUGACAUCAAAGGUUGCUUUACUGAACAGUAUAUAAAGAUCACACUUUGCUGUUGUUUGGAUACAUAUCAUAAUAUAAAUGCAUAACGGUAGCUAUAAUACCUGUCUGUAAUAUCCCACAGCAGCAAUGCACAAAUAUAUCCGAUGUCCUUCCAGCUGCUGCUGUGCAGGUUUUGUAUCAUGCGAUUUACAUGCAUCCCUAUUAAUGUGACUGCAGUGACAAUGUGUUUAUACAGCUCUCAUAUUAAAGGCCGGCUGAGUGAUGUUUUAUAGCAGGGCUGUACUCCCCACGCAGGAUUUCUUUUUUAUUAUCAGUGGAAAUCACUCACAGCCACCGAGCACAGGCAGCGACUUCAGAAGUGAAUUUAGUUGUUUGUGUCUCCGUGUUUUGGUACCCUGGCUGUGUUUGCAGUAGUAUAUAUAUAUAUGUCGUUUUUUGGGGGGAAGAUUAUGAGCUUUCUUGCCAAGAGUAAGUUGAGAAGAUUAAUACCACUCUCAUGUCUGUAAGGUAAAUGUGAACCUGGAGCUAGCAGCCAGUUAGCUUAGCUGGAAACAUGGGGGGGGAGCUAUAGCUUGACUCUGUCCAAAGGUAACACAGUUAGCCUACCAGCCCACUAAUUACCUUGUUUUAUGGGUUUAAUCCAUAAGUAUAAAAACAACUCUAGCUUUACGUUACUUUUGGGAAACCUUUUAGUCAACAACAUGAGUUGUCUGUACAAAAACUGAACGGUAAAAACAACAAUUUGGAAUUUUACUGAAGGUGAUGUGAGUAUUUCUUGACCAGGAGCGGUGACUUCCUGGAGUCUUGUCGUCACUGUGAUAUUGCUAACCAGCUAAUCAACAAGCAUGUUAAUUAAUGAGCCUUAAAGGAACUGCUCGGUGAAAUGGAAACAGAGGCAGGCCAGCUGUUUCCCCCGUUUACACUCUUUAUGCAACUAGCUACCGGCUGUAGUUUCAUAUUUAACGUACAGACGUGAGAGUGGUAUCAAUCUUCUUCUUACUCUCAGCAAGAGAGUAAAUAAUCAUAUAUCCAAAAAAUGUGUCCUUUAAUCUACCUUUAAUAUCGGUAAUCCUUGCUUUUGAUUCUUAAGAUUUUUUGGUGCCUGGCUUUUCUCCAGUUAAUGGCAUGAUAUGAGGGUAAACCAUCUACCUGUGAACCCACUCUCACUGUAAUAUAACCAGUCAGAGCUUUGCAGUAGCCACAUUUAUAGCUCUGUGACAGCGGCAUGGCCCUGAGUGUGAUGUAUUUAUAUCCGUGUGCACAUAAACUGUAGAUGUGGAUGUACGGAGAGAUUAGAAAACCGCUAAAAUACGAUCUUGACCUAACAAGGUGUGUGUGUGUGUGUGUGUGUGUCACAUUGAUGAGUUAAUGUGCUGCAGUGCAAAAAAAUACCAACAGUAAAUUUAUCAGGACUUCUUGUGAAUCAGUAACGUUUUGACCUAUCUCUUGGUGUACUGUUGACACCGGAGCUUCUUAGAGGAGAACAGUCUUUCUUUGCUCAGUCUGAAUACUUAAUGAGCAGAAUGAUGGAAAACAGACUGAUUUUGCAUUUGUUUGUUGGUAGUCUUUAAAGUGAAAUAUGUGCAGUCGUGGCUUUAAUCUGAAGGCUGCUGCACUGACAAAUUGAACAUCAUGUUUAACUUUUUAACACAAAUUAAAACAGUGUGUUUAGAUGGAGAGACCCUGUUUGCUAUGAUAUAAUCCUUUCAUGAUGUGUUUUACAGAUUAUGUGAAAAAAACAUUUGUAAAAGUGUAAAUAUAUUCUGUUAAUAGGAAACACUUUAAAGGAUGUGUAAAUUGUUAUCUCCACUGGGAGAAAAAACACACACUGUUGAAUUAUUAAAUAAACAUCUCAUCUGACAAACAAGA